GUACUUUUUUUAUAAUCCAGAAGCGGCCAUCUUGGACGCUGAUUGUUGACCGCGCUUCACGAGCUGCUCCUGAACUUUGUGAUCAAACGAUGAAACCUGCAGCUUCAAGAGGGAUGUUUCGCCUCGCCCUCGCCCUCCUUCUUUUCCCAUCAUGCCUCGCUGUUUCCACUGUUACCAUCUCCACGGUGCGGCGUGCUGCCGUGGAUGGCAACGCCAGGACUCUGAGCGGCGGCGGUGGUAGCUCGCCCGCAGCCGGUAAAAAGAGCACCGCCUUGUUCCUCCUAACCGGCUACAAACCUCCUCUGCCGCCGCUGCCCGCCGGGCCCAAGGUGGCGCCGAAAGCAGCCGAGGUGGAGGACGGAGACGAUCGGCCGGUCGUGGCUGAACUCCCUCCUAAGCCCCUCCCCCAGACCAUGUUGCCAAGGAACAUGACGGCCGACGCCCUGAAGCCCCCGCUCGGAGCGGCCCAGGUGGCGCCCCCUCCCAGACAGCUGGUGGAUGUGGACGUUUGCAGGGGUUACUAUGACGUCAUGGGUCACUUUGACACGACCUUCAACUGCUCCAAAGGCAGCUACAUCUACUGCUGCGGCACCUGCCACUACCGCUUCUGCUGCGAGCACCAGAGGAGCCGGCUGGACCAGGAGGCGUGCAACAACUACAUCUCCCCCGUCUGGGCCGACCCGCUGGUCCCCCCCACCGUGCCCGUGACCAAGCCCGACCCGGACCUGGAGAUGCUGCAGCAGCAGAACAGCAGCACGGCCUACGUGAUCGGAGGAGUCAUCUCCUUCACGCUCGUCGUGGCCGUUGGCGUCCGCAUCGCCUUCAGCAAGGUGGCUCGCCGACCCCGAAACAGAGACGUCAACAUGCCCAGAUCAUUGGUGGACAUCUUGCGUCACCAGUCGAGCCCGGUGCAGCAGGGAGAGAGGAACAACAUGACCAGCACCACCUCAGACGGACGACCAUCCAAGAACCUGUACACGCCCAUCCUGCAGAGCAAAGACAACCGCACGGGGAACUUGCACCACCAUUUUAACCAGCAGGUCUCAGCGUCCAGCCCCAAACACUCUGCCACCAUCGAACGCGGCCCCCGCAUGAACAACACCCCCCAGCUCUCUUCGGGGCCCACCCUCAUUUCCAGCAGCGUCAAAGGUCCCGGCGGCGGUGGCGGCGGCAGCAUCUUCGGAGGGGGGAUGAGACACAGCAACAGCCACUCCUCCUUCUCCCACUCCUUCCACAACCUGGCGCAGCUGCCGCCGUCCUACGAGCUCGCCAUGAAACCCGAGAUCAGCCGCUACAGCUCCCUGAAGAAGCUGGAGAAAGAACUGGACGAGUACUCGAGCUACUACAACUCCAAACGCCGCUCCAACAACGCGGCGCCCUACUUCUACUCCUCGCAGAACCACCUGCCCUGGGCGGGGGAGUACACGCUGGGCUCGUCCCGGGGCACGCUGCCCCUCAACGGCUCCGGCUCCAGCUCGCGGCCUCGCACACACAUCCCGUCCACCCCCAACCCGUACCCGCUGCCCGGCCAGUCGCACUACACCAGCUCUAGCUUCGACAGGCCGCCGCGCCGCGUGCGCUCCCAGGACCAGCUGCUCGGGUACGUGGAGGGCAACUCGCUGUCCCGCCUGUCCAAGAACCAGCAGCACCAGUACUACAAAGCCAUGAUGAGCAACAGCAGGGGCAACAACGGGCAGACGCUCCGCAGGUCUCAUGAGCGCCUCCUGGUGUCCCCCGACCGUCUGGAGGACCAGCUGAUGGCGAUGGGUCUGAUCAUCGGAGGCGACCGGGGCGGCAUGGUGCCCACCAUGGGCCGCCUCAGCCACCACCAGAAGGCCCAGUCCCAGCAGAACAUCUGCGUCACGCCGUCCAUGGACCGCCACCACAUGGUCAAGAUGAACUCCCACCCGACGCCGAGCCACGACCGCAGCUCCGCCGCCAUGCAGGGGAUGGGCAUGCACGGUGGCUGGGACCCGCACGGGGGCGGGCCGGGCGGAGGCCACCCCAACGCCCGGCGGAUGGCUUUCGCCAACAAGAGGCAGAACACCAUCGAACAGCUGCACUUCAUCCCCGGGGGAGGAGGGGGGGUGCACGGGCUGCGGACUGGGAGUAAGAACGAGGUGACAGUGUGAGGAGGGAGGAAACGAGAGAGGAAGAGCGAGAGUAGAGGGGCCGAAGAGGCGUUCAAGAUGAUGGGCGGGAAAGAGAUGAGGGAGCUCAAACAACCCCCCCCCCCCCUCCCCUCGCUCUCAUGGUUCAACCCGACGUGAACCUGACGGCGAGCACAGCCAGUUGAAUUCUCCUCGCCACUUUGUGUAUUGAACUGAAUAUCCAGCCAUUCUUUGAAAAAGGGAAGACAGAAAUGUCCACUUCAAAAAGAGCAAAAAAAUAU